ACAACCGCCUGCGCGACUACACACUUACCGAUCAGCACGCUUCGCACACCUGCACUCUCGACACUUGAAGCCCCCGCAUUAUUUCAGAACAUUCCCAGCCAACGCGCCCACACUUCUACGCGCGUUGACUGAUUUUCGCAAUCAUGGCUCCUAAGAAGGAUAAGACCCAGAAGAUGUCCCUCGGGGACUUCCUGGGCGAUCAGUCGCUGGGAUCCUGGGCCGAUGAGAUGGAGGAUCUCCCCGUUUCUUCCGGACCCUCGGCCGGCUACGGCGGUGCUAGGUCCGCCUUCGGCUCCGGUGGAGGCUUCGGCGGCUUUGAGCGUGGUGCCGACCGCGGCGGCUAUGCUGUGCGCGAGGAGCUUCCGCUCCCCACCAAGCCCCCUUACACCGCCCACCUUGGCAACUUGUCCUUCGAUGCCACCGAGGGUGACAUCAUGGACUUCUUUGCCGAGUGCGCCGUCACCAGCGUUCGGAUAGUCGAGGAUAAAUUGGAGCGCAAGCCCAAGGGUUUCGGUUACGUCGAAUUCGGUACUCUGGACGGCCUGAAGAAGGCACUGACUCUCAGCGGUACCCAGUUCCAGGGCAGGAACAUUCGCGUCAGUGUUGCUGACCCGCCCAAGGAUCGCGAGCCUACCCGCGAGCUGAACGAUUGGACUCGCAAGGGUCCUCUUCCGUCUCUCUCCAAUGAGCCUCGUCGUUCGUCAUACAGAGGAGGUUUCGACGCCGCCGGAUCUGAUGCCGGAAGCGAGCGCGGUGGAAGCCGUCGUGGUGGCUUUGAGAGCGAAGGACGUUCCCGUGACUUUGGAAACUGGGAGCGCAAGGGACCUUUGUCCCCUUCUAUUGCCCCGCCUCCUCGUGAGCGCAAGAUGUCGCCCUCCUUCGGCGAAAACCGCUCGCAGGACGGCUCCAGGCCGCCGCGUCGUGAAUUUGCCGAGAGGCCCGGAUACGAGAGGCAACCUACUGCACCGGAGCUUGACAACGCCUGGCGCUCCAACAUGAAGCCCGACAACGCGGCCAAGUCUCCUACUCCGGAGGCCAGCGCCCCGUCCUCUCCGGCCGCAAAGCCUGCCGCCCCCGCUGGUCGCCCCCGUCUCAACCUCCAGAAGCGUACGGUUCCGGAUGCUCCUGGCACUCCCACUUCCACCGGAGAUUCCAAGUCUAGCCCGUUCGGCGCUGCCCGUCCCAUCGACACUGCAGCAAAGGAGAGGGAGAUUGAAGAGAAGAGGCAGCUUGCACUUCGUCAAAAGAAGGAGCAGGAUGACAAGGCUCGCGAGGAGAAGCGCGCAAAGGAGGCGGCCGCCAAGCCUGAGAAGCCGGCGCAGACGGAAAAGAGCGAUGACAAGGAGGAGAACGGUGCUGGCUCCGCCCCCAAGCCGAACUUUGAAAUCUUGCAACGCGCUGAUGAGGAGAGCGCCGAAAACAUCGAGGGCGAGGAUGCCAAUGGAACGAUUGUCGACGACAAGGCUGUCAAGCCUAAGGAAGUUGUCCGCGACCCCAAGCCUCAGGAGCAGAAUUGGAGACGCAAGUCGUCCACCCCCGCUGCUGAGCCCGGCACCACGACGCAAACUCUCGAGGAUGACGGCUGGAGCACUGUCCCUUCGAAGGCUAAGGGUAACCGCAGAGGCGGCUCCCGCGCCCUGGCUUCCUAAACUGCUGUUCUACAUUCCGGUAUUUUCCUCAGGACCCAGACAUACCCGCUGCCUAUCUCGCAAUGCUUAAUCGGAAGGUGGUCGUUUUUCCUUAGUGACGGCUUCAACCGAGGAUUUUCACUUUUUCGGAGUGAGCAUAAGCAGCAUGUCUAUUGUUUGCUCAGUAUGACUUUCUGAACUGGUAGCCUAUGGCAUGUCGG